AACAGAGAUACAGCUGGAUCUGUUCAAUUAGCAGUGCAAAAUACAGGAGUUUAAAGAAAUCAGAUAAACAUUUGAAAAGUUUCUGUUUAAUUGAACUAAGAAAUUCUUAGUAAGAAUGCCUCUGAAUAAUGAGAGAAGAUCAUUUUGGAUCUCGUGCAAGGAUUUGUCGGUAGAACCGGCCGGAUUCCUCCUCGUGCUCAGCAUGGUAGUUUCUACUCUCUUGUUUCAAAAUAUCAGGAUGGAAACGACUUGUCGUGUCGAUCUGGGCUACGAUAUGGAAGUCUGCAAAGAGAUUAUUAACAAAGUCAACAUCACUUACAAAACAGAGGAGCGCGAAAUUCAAAAAGCCGUCGCGGGUAUUCAAGCCGUCACGUCCGUCGUGUUCAGCUGUAUCACCGUCUUCGUCGUGUUCUUCACCGGACCAUGGAGUGACACCCACGGGCGGAAAAUUCCCCUCGUCAUCUCAACCAUGGGAUUAAUGUUAAUGCCAACGAUGAUGAUCGUUGGCUACCUAUGCCUCGGAAAAAUUAGCGCCGUCUACAUCUCACUUCUCGCCAUGUUGCCGACCACCUUGAGCGGCGGCGCUACAGUGUACUCUAUGUCGGCGGGAUCGUACAUUUGCGAUACGACAACGCCGAAAAACAGGACGGUGAGAAUGGGCGUCUUCUGGGCAUCCGUGAGAUCCAGUACGCCCAUCGGGUUCAUGCUUGGCGGACUCUUAAUGAAGUGUCAAGUCGGAAUGGUAAAGUCGCUACUAAUUCCUGUGGGAUUAUCGGGAUUAGCGUUUCUUAUAGUGUUCUUGAAGGUCAGAAACGGAAAACCGGAGGCAGUCUUUAUCGAUAGCGGGGAAAAUGGCGGGACCGCUAAAUAUAGCGGGGAAAACGAUGAGGUGGAAAAAUUUAGUGGGGAAAGAGAUACGAUUGAAAAAUUUAGCGGGAAAAAUGAUAGGACCGCUAAAUAUAGCGGGGACAAACCUUGCUGGAGAAAAUACAACCCGGUAACGAAUUUGAUACAAGUGUUUGGGAUGCUGUUUCAAAAGCGGGAGCACGCUUUGUGGUUCUACUUGCUGAUUUUGGCCCACAUUUGCUACGCUUCGCCAGGUGCUGAGCAAUCACUUGUGUACCUCUUCGUCAGGGAGAGACUUCAGUGGAAUAUCAGCAAUUUUGGGUUCUUUUCAAUGAUUAACUGGGUGCUGAGUGCGGGUGGGGUUUUUCUUUCGAUGUUUGUGUUAAGCAAAACUCUUAAACUGUCCGAUCCACUAGUGGGAUUUGUGUCAGGAAUAAGCCAGAUUUCGGGAUCGACAAUGUACGCGUUUACUACGACGCGGAUAAUGAUGUUUUGCGCCUCCGUCCUGGACAUGAUGAAUGGCACAAUUGGAGUUGUUGUUAAAUCCAUGCUCUCAAAAUCGGUGGCGAUUAACGAAGUCGGUAAAUUAUUCGCACUACUGGGCGCGAUUGACAGCCUUCUCCCAUUGGUCACCAUGCCAACGUACGCUUUCGUGUAUCGCAGUACGGUAACAUUCUUCUCAGGAGCUUUCUUCCUCCUCUCGGCAGGGAUAACGCUACCCGUGGAAAUUAUUUUUAUGAAUGGGUGGAGAUAUUGGGAGUCAGAUGUGGAUAACGUACGCCGGAGAUGACAAGGAAGCGGAAGCGUGGAAAUGUAUCGGCCUGGGACGGUCUCUAAGGCGAAGUUUGACCACGAGACCGCUCGGUGUCAUUAUUUCCGAAGACGUAUCACAGGAGAUGAAGGAGCUACUGAAAUCCGAGUUUCAAGUUUGUCGCCGUAUAAACCCAAGGGGAAAACCUAAGGAUGGGAGAAACUUGCAAUUCCGCUCACUGGCAAAACUUGACAUCCUCCGAAUUCCUCAACUCAAAGGCAGCGUAUUUCU